AAACCAGUUAUCUCUCUAUAGAUACCGUCACGCAAAAGGAGGAGCCACAAAAAAGUACUAAGUUGAGAUUCGUUUGUGAUGACUACAGUUCUGAUUUUGUGACUCAGUAGCAAAUUGUACCUGUAGUCUUUCGCUAUGUUUGGCACGCUGAGAUGGGUAAUUACGGUGGUGGUGGUGAUUUGCGAAGGUCGACAUAAGGAUGCAGACCAGAUGUUAUCAAAUGAACGGAACACAUUGGAUGAUUGCAGAUUGCGUUUUCAUGAGCUCGAGAGUUCGGCAGCAGGUGCCCCUUCUGCUAACGGGAGGCCAGCGUUGUUGAAAGAGUUUGCCCACAUGGGAGCCAUAGGGUGGACCCAGGAUAAUGGGAAAGUACUAUGGCAUUGUGGAGGAACAUUGAUUUGGAUAGACUACGUUCUGACUGCGGCGCAUUGCGUGUUAGAUCACUGGAAUAUUGAACCGGAUAUUGUGCGAUUUGGGGAUUUGAACUUAGAGACCGACGAGUAUGAUGAAUACGCCCAGCAGUAUAAGAUUACUCAGAUAUAUAGACAUCCGCUACAUCGGUUCAGCUUGAAAUACCAUGAUAUAGCACUGAUGAAGUUGGAACAGCCUAUCAGGUUGCAUGACGCAGUGUGCCCAGCAUGUCUCUGGGUCGAUCCACAUAUACGAUUUACAGAAUUCAUCGCUACGGGAUGGGGCAGCACAGGUCAUUUUGAGAACCGCAGCCCUUCGCUGAUGAAAGUUUCAUUGAAGCCCAUGGAAUCCUCCAAGUGUGAAAAGUUUUAUUCCAGUGAACUUGUUCGGGGUUUGAAGUCUGGACUCCAUGAGAACCAUUUGUGUGCCGUUGACGCAAAGAUGGACACAUGUGAAGGUGACUCCGGUGGACCACUUCAAGUCAAACUGUUGCAUAGUACCCGUCUUACGCCUUUCGUAGUGGCUGUUACUUCAUUCGGAUUGCCUUGUGGAUUAGCAAAUCCUGGAGUAUACACUAAAAUAGCACCGUAUAAAGACUGGAUUCUAGCAACUAUGCGGCAAGAUGGUGCUGUAAUUGAAGAUGAUAUUUUCAACGCCACAUUCUGUGCAUUACGAUACCAGCAAUUUCGUGAUCAUAUCAAUACAAGGCCUUAUAACAAAACACAUGUGAUCGUGAAAGAUUUCCUCACUAAUAUAUAUAAAGAUAAUCCACCUACAUAUCUUGUUCAGCUAAUGUGGAAUACUGAGGGCAGUCCUCAGAACUGUUAUGGUACAAUAAUCGAUGAAAACACAGUUCUUACAGUUGCUAAUUGUGUCCAUUAUCAAGGGAUUCCAGCUUCAACUGUCUCACAUCCUAGGGAAGGUGUAAUUAAUAUCUCAAAAAUAAAUGUGCAUCCUCAAUAUAAUCCGGCUUACGGCUACAGCAAUAUUGCCAUUCUACGCUUGGAAAAACUGUUCAGCUUCAUUAACAUUCGACCAGCUUGCAUUGAUUAUGUUAACGUAUCUAUUGAUCAACCGAAUGCCGUAUUUGGAUUCGGAAGGAGAGACAUUUACGUUUGCAAUGAUUUCCCUGACUGCAUAGAUCCAUCAUUGAUACCAUUGGUAGUCCACAUAGAACCGAAAAAUGAGACAACCUGCAGAUUAUCCAGAGAAUUGCAGUCACGCUUUCCAGACGGCAUCACUGAUGAACUUAUCUGCGCAGGCAUUGAUCGAUUUAUGGUACCGGAAUCAUGUGAUUUGAAGCUUGGAGGCUCAUAUUCUUAUGUUAGUAAAAAAGAGAUGCGUUGGCUUCCAGCCAUAGACAGAACAAUAGAUGUAUAUGGCGACUUGUAUCCUCCACUGGAUGGUUUAGUACAAAUUGGACGGGACUGUGGCUAUGGGGAGCAUUUGCUGUCCACAAGACUUCGUAGCCAUUUGAAAUGGUUGGAGCGUGUGUUGCUUCCGAAAAGAGCGACGGCUAACGCAGUUCAAUUCUUGGAUCACAGUCGCCGCGAAUGGGAUUUAUGCACUGAUACACACGGCCUACGGGGAAGGUGCACGCUACUAUCGAGAUGUCAGCGAAAGUGGAAGAAGUUUGAACUCACAAAAGAGGCAACAUUCUGUUCUUCGACUUCGAUGAUCUGCUGCCCUAACGACGACAUCGAUAAAGCAGCCCAGAGUAGCGAACAUUUGCUUCUAAUGAAAUGUCCAAAACUCGUUAACGUUUUGCAGCCAAAGAACAAUGGUGCACCAAUGGUUCGAAUUUUUGAUAACUCAACCAAGUAUAUCUGCAUGGGCGCCAUCAUUUCCGAUCGAACAAUACUAACUUCUGCCAGCUGUGUGAGCACCGCAGCAUCUCUUUCUGUCCAACCGCUAGGAAAUUCUGAAAUCUCAAUUCAAGUUCGACAGACUGUGCAACACAGCUCCUUCAACGCAACCGAUUACAGUAAUGAUAUCGCUAUACUGCGAUUACCGCAAUCUCUGAUUUGGAGCCCUCAACUGCAUCCUGUAUGCCUGUGGAACAACCAAACUCAUUCUCCACUUAUAGUUGAAAUGUUACAGUCAUUCAGUACAACCGACGUCACCGACAUCGAGUACAUCGAGAACAACCAAACUCAUUCUCCACUUAUAGCUGAAAUGUUACAGCCAUUCAGUACAACCGACGUCACCGACACCGAGUACGUCGAGGACACCGAGGACACCGAGUACAUCGAGGACACCGAGGACACCGAGUACAUCGAGGACACCGAGGACACCGAGUACAUCGAGGACAUCGAGUACAACCAAACCCAUUAUCCACUUAUAGCUGAAAUGUUACAGCCAUUCAAUACAACCGACGUUACCGACAUCGAGGACACCGAGGUCAUCGAUGACCUACAUCGUAGGUAUAUCGAGUACAUUGAGUUCUCCGAGCAAAUCAAAGACUUCUGGGACAUCGAAUACAUGGAGUACAUCGAGGACGUCAAGUACAUGGAACUGCUAACCAUGUACAACUCCGACUGUCAGAGAACGCACGCCUACCGGGUGCGAGAUUCGCACAUUUGCGUCAAAUAUCCAUAUCGGGAGUACACGUGCCUUCCAUCGCAUAGUAUGCUUCGGUGGAAAGACGCGGGAGGUGUUCCAUACUUGAUUGGGCUGUCAACCGAUACCAGAGAUUGUAUGAGAUGGUCCUACAUGAUCUUCUCAAGAGUAGCGGCGUUCAUAGAUUGGAUUGUGGACAACAUAGAUGAUGAGGAAAUCAAACGAUCGUUCAGCGUGUAAUUAGAAGCACAAACAGUUUAGCUUCAGAUUUACAGAUUGAACCAUAUGGUUUUUUAUUUAACGGCAAGAUAAGAGUUUUAACAUUUUACUAACUGGUCGAGCAAACAUUGAGCAAGUAAGCACAGCAAACGAGCAUCCGAUAGUGAUCGAAAGGUUUUGUUCUAAAAAAAAUCGUGUAUAAUGGAAAAUGUAUUGCUGACUGCACCCCAAAUUGGACUGACACAAUAGUGUACACAUACGUUCAAAGUGUAAUUGCAGCGCAGGACCACGUCAGAUCGAGUUGAGGUCUUCGGUGCACUUAUUUCUUGUAAAUAAGCGCACCGAAGACGUCGAGACGACCCGAUGCAAAUGUGAAAUUUUUUUACACUUUCAUGCGUACCAAAAAAGUGUGAUAGUCCAAUUUGUGGUGUAAUCUGCAAUAUACAUUGGAAUCUCCGUUAGUGCAUACUAAAGACACGAAAUGUUCCAAUUGGAAUUCCAAAUUUACUGUCAAUGUCAUUCCAAUCGAGCGGGAGACCUGUCAAACGCGCUUUAAAGGCAUUGCCUGGCAGCAUCAUCGCCAUGAUGCGGGAAUCAUCAUCAACAGCAACAGUCAUCAGAUUUCGUGUCUUUAGCAUAUAGUGUCUUUAGUGCAUACAAAAAAGGUUGAAGGUAAUCCUAUUCGAAUCAAUAAACCGUUUUUUGAUAACCUUGCUCGUGUUUUUGUUGUGAUUCUGCGUUUCGUUUCACAAAGGAUUGAAGCGCUGUUUGUUUUGUUUCUUAUUUUUGUAGCACGCAUGAAAACAAAAAGAACGAAAUCAAUCGGUACCGUAAUCCAGGGUUGCAAAAAAAAAAAUGAAAGCAUGCAACGAACGUGAGUUUUUGUUUUUUUACCACACCGCUUCUGACGGUAAAGCCUCUUUCCUUCACGGAGACGGGUGAGAAGAGAAUAAAAAUUCUCUCGUCGCUCACAUCGUGGCGACGGCGAGAUUCAGUUACAACAUCUUCCCUGUCAUUGGCACUCAAAAGAGAAAAUUCACCACGCUUGCUUAUGGGCCAGUCGCAUUCAUGCGGCCGUUGUUGACAUGAAGCAUCCAUCAGCGCAGAGCGUGUGUUGAUGAUGGUGGAGUCAUUACGUCCACAAAGUAGUUGAGUUUUUCUGUGUUCACUUUCAAGUAUCUCACAGCGGAGCUGAAAAUGAAUGCCUAAAGCAUUCAGUUUAGCAAAAUGUCAUUCAAUUGAAUGUGAGUUUUUCAACCCUGCCGUAAUCGCUUGUUUUCGAAUAGGAUGAAUUAGAGAGCGUGAGAUUACUUAUGGCACUCAAAGAGCGAAUAGCUCACUGGAAGUACUAAUCGUGUCUGUGUCGUUUUUUUAAUCCUCACGAACUUCAAUAAAACUGAGCAUGAGCAUGAGCAUGAGCAUGAUUGACCGCCCGCGGUUGCUCCUCUGUUAUUGCAAGGACAUCUGCAUUUACACAAAGAACCAACAGAUAGUGCUUGGGACUAGCCUUCUCCUCAUUGUGUAAAUGCUGACAUCCCAAUACUUUUCAAUGGGCAAUACCAGCGCCGGCCACGUCCGAAUGCAGGUCAAUUAAGGAUAGGGAAGGAAGUGAUGACGUGAUUCUCGCAUAGGCCAAUAACCGAGGAAUUCUCUGCGUUACUACGAGAAAUCACUAGGAGUUUGGAUAUUGGAAGGUAAGAUGUGAGAGGGGAUUUGUCUUGGUAAACAAUUUGAUACAAUCACCGGACGGAUUCUUGAACGAUGCACUCCAUUGCAAUAGGACACGUUAACAAAUAAGACUUGAUAAGUCCUCACCUAAUUCAAAAGCAGAUAGAUUAACAGUAGUUGAUCAGAAUAUGAACCUGACAAGACAUUCAAAAUUACAAUGCUCAUAUCAGAACUGUUAAUUUGAAGUGUUAAUUUGAAUUUUGUAUAGAAUAGUUUUCCUAUAGCUGACCUAAAGCAUAGUAGGAGUUGCCUAGGUUGGCAACCGUCUACAAAUUAUAGAUCAUAGCAACUUAUCAUACACCUUCAUCCUUCAUUUUCUAGGGUGCAUAACAACCCUAUGUUAUCUGACAGCAUGGAAGGUGUUUUGAACUGGAAUUUCCUGAAGAAACGCCCUUUAUAACCAAUUAACUUACUAGGGCUAGUUACGAAUAUUAAAGCGUUUUCUCUCUACUACUCAUUCUCUUUUUGAACUUUUCAUGAUUCUGGCCAACAAAUCAAUGGAGAAAUGGGUUCUCUUGGUUAGCUCAAACAUUUCGAUCAAAAAUUUACCCACCUCGAGUUAUUCUUUUCCACCAUCAUGGUACCCAAAUCCUGCGUUUCCCGUUUGAAUGAUGGAACUUUACGACACGCCAGUAAUAGUCUUUUCCGGAGGCCAUUAAUUUGCGCGUCGCUUAUCUUGAAUUGCUGACGGUCACACCACCAGUCUUGAAAAAUGGUUUUGGUUGCUCUAGAAAUGGUUAGUUUUGCUUAACUUUCAUUUAUAAUAAAUUUUCAAUAGGUACUUCCCUUUUGACCUUGAUUAUUAUGAGAAGACUAUGACAUUAUUUGACGUGGUUCUUCAUUCUCGUCGCCAAUGUAAUAAUCUGUAAAACACUGUUGUUUGGUUGAUGUCCUGUACACAAGUGAAGUUUAUUAUCUUACUCCUUAAUGUCACUCCCAGCAUAGCCUACUACAGUUCUGAAGCCAAAAUUCAUUCCGAGCAGCAUUUUCAAUUGUUGUUCUAUCAAAAAUAAAUUGAAAACAAAAUAUUCCGAUGAUUACUUUGGUUGGCGAUUGCUGGCGAUGUACAACUUCACCAGGUGAAGUUCACCUCAACAUGACUUUGUGCGUGAAUGGGAUUCAGUCACACUGCACGCGAGAUGAUGCGGUCACGUACGUGUUUGAACCACUAGCCCAAAACAUAAUGUCAAAACAGAUAAGAAGAAAAAUAACAAACUGGAGAAAAAGAAGACCGUUAUCGCGAGUCUCGUCUCAGCGUCGUACCACAGACAAACAGACGUAACACUCUGAUAAUUCCCAUCGUACACCGAUUUAUCGGUCUUUUUUAAAAUAUGAUAGUUGGCCAACUGCCCACCCGUGGCGCUCGCAUCGUUUUUAUUCGAGUUUGACGUUUGCUCACUACCGCCACCUAGUUGAUGGUCGGCCAAACUUAGUCCUUUUAGCAUUGGGCGAAUAUGUUUCCGUGACUAUGAUUUGAAUCGAAAAAUGUUCGAAGUGUUACGCCUGUUUGUCUGUGGUCGUACCAUUCGUUCCGUCGAAUGUCAAAUCCGUUCUAUACUGGGGCUGUAUGGAAUGCUAGAAAAUAUGCAUCAUCCCUGAGAGCAGUGUUGAUAAAAUUGCAUUCAAGACUCACUCAUGAACCACUCGCGCGCGAUUCUGCAUCAUUUUGUCACACAUGAGUUUUUCAUGCGAAAUCUCGCUCUCGCGAGUUAAGAGCCGAAAACUCGUUCGCUUGUAAAACGAAUCCAAAUCAAUUUCAUCGAAUUUUUUUGUUAUUGCAUGCAAGCUUCGCUUUAAUUCUGUUAUACAAUCGUCAACACUUCAUUGAAAAUAAUCAGCAGACCAAGAAAUAAAGCAAAGAGUCAACUCAUGCUUGAUUUUUUCGGAGGUGAGUUUGACGAGUCAAGAAUCGCGCGUGAAAAAACACAAUCAUGAGUUUUGAGAAUUUGAGUUGAGGAGUUCGCCGGGAGUAUAUCCAGGAGUUCCCUGGAAAUUCUCCCAGGAGUUCAUCAGGAA